AUGAGCGAACCAUCGUCCAAGCGGAGGAGGACCCACUCUCCCGAUGGCCGCGCAUCGAGUCCACUGAGACAGCCUCCACGCCGACCGUCUUUUGCGUCCCCUACCAAAGCCAGCCUUGCGGGGACCUAUCCGAACCUCCAACCUUCUACAUUAACCCCUCGCCUUAGCGCAUCUCCCAGACGCAGAGCUCAUGGAGAUGUAUCGGCCAAGGGAAAGCAGGCGCGUGCUGCCGAGGAUGCUCAAGAGGCCAGUGAAGAAUCAGACCUACCGAACACACCAUCCCAUCGAACCUUUGAAGGAUCAAACCAACCGCUUCGGGGUAUCCUGUUUUCCUCACUAAGUAAACGACCUCCACGUGCAAAGAAUGGCCUCAAACAAUCGCCAUUGAAACCGAAAGCACCCGCAGUACAAUCAGACGAUGGUACGAGGGCUGUGGAGGAUGGACCAGUAGAGGGAAAUGUACGCAAAGUUGUAGAAUGGCAGCCUCCUGAUCCGGAGGUGGAGCGGAGAAAACAGGAAAAAGCACGGCUACAGCGUGAAGUGGAGAAACUUGAGUCUCAAGUCUCGAGAUGUCUAGAUGAGAUUGAGAAGGAGCAACGGCGAGGCCCAGAAGAGACAUUACAACCCCAAGAACGUGAAAGUCUACGCAACUUCAUUACCGAAAUCAGCGGAGCAGACACAGAACCGGAGAAGCCAAAAGUAUCUAGUCUACUCUGCUCAUUCUUGCCAUUUGCCGCCAUACCCGCUCCUCCGCCGCGCUUAAAGCAAUCAGACAAGCCAAUUCCUUCCCAUCGGCCAGUAGACUUAGCAGAUCCUCUACCCUACCUAGAAAUGUUCACCUCCUUCAAAUUCUCAACCCGAAUCAGCCUUCCCCGAAGUAAAACUGCUCCAUCAUCUCGACGCACCCACCAAACCCACACGAUCGACAUGACCGGCCCCCAAAAACUUCUCACAGCCCAACUCUCCCUAACAAUCGACGCCACAGCCCCCGAAAUAACAAAGUUACAGCUCAUCCGUCUCACACCCUGGGCCGAACAGGAACUCGGCACCUUCAUCCGCUCCCGAGCAGCGCAAAAAGAUCUCAGCAACGCCUCCUGGGCCAUAAAUUCCUACUGGACUCUCGCACAGAAACGCGCGCAGUACUGGCACAAGGUCGAAACAAGCUUCCCCCACCUUCUCAUCGGCCGCUCAGAAAAAGACACGGAGAACGCAUCGCCGCAGGCUCGUUCCAAAGCCUCUAAACCCCUUUCUCGAAAGGAAUUGAAUCGCCAUCUCGGUCGUGAUACGCUUGUACUACAAGAUGCCCAUGUUGUGCUUAAGCUUAGUUGGCGCAUUGGGUUUGAUUGGACGGGCGAGGCCGAGUCGAAUGUCGCUGUUGAACCGGCGUUUCCUCGCGUUUGGUCGGAGACGGAUACCGCAGAUAGCCUGAAGAAGGUGCCCGAGACGUUUGAUGCGUUGAUGCGGGCGAAGGGCGUGUUUGAGGCGACGACGAUUAUUGUUGCUUUGUUGUUUGCGCAGUAG